CGCGCCGUUCGCCGGCGACCGAGUGCACAGCGCGCAUAACGGCGCGAGAGAGCGGAGCGUUCGCUUGCCUGUGGCAUGAAUCUCGAUAUUACGACGCGAGUGACUCUGUGACAGAAACCGUGCGAAAUACUAAUAAAGUUCCCUUGUGACUGUGUUUGUGUACUUCAUUUGUUGCUUAUCCAUUCGUCUUGUUUUACAAUCUAGUGGUGACAUCUAGGUUGAUCGACCAAUCGUGGCCUUGGAGGACGCGAUUCAACUUCAUUGCUGAGAUGAGGCUGGGUGCGUGAGGGCGCAGCGGCAUGGGGCAGGCGGGCAGCCAGCCGGCCGCAGCGGGCCCGCAGCGGAUACGCCGCGGUGAUGCGCUGCCGCAAGAGCCACUGCGACUCGCACCCAAGGUGCUCCCCUCGCUGCCAGAGUCGCCAUGCCUGCGCAGCACGGACAACGGUGCCAUACUGCACUCCGGCGGCACCAUCAGCGGCCGCAGACCCACCUCCGGCCUACAAGAGAGCUGGCGCUCACACAGGUUCGGGCACCCGAAUGCGUACAGAUCCCGGUCGGGGGGCGGCGUAGGGGGUGCCGAAGAGACGCGGUCUAGGGAGCGCGACCCCCUGCAUCGCUCCUACACUAACCUCGGAUACAGGAACAAUGACAAUGGCAGCAUAAAUAAACGGUUCGGCUCUGAACCUGACUUGAGGAUAGAAGAUCAACAAAAACAAAAAAGCAAUAAUAAACAUUUUAGAAAAAAAUAUCGAGCGCCUCCGCCGCCUAGCUACCGUCACGAUGCUUCCUCUCCCGAUUCAAGUCUUGGAAAGGCGAGACCGGAACCCCAAAGAAAACUCAGAUUAUUCAAAACCAGAAAUGAAACCAAAAAGACGAACGGCCACCAAGACUCGAAAAUACCAACAUACAGAAACUCUUAUACUGAUUUCAAAUCAUUGGACUUGAACGAUCAGUCAUUCGAGCGAAGAUACAAGUCUCCUUGCAAAACUAAAGACCAGCACCUUAAAUACCCUGACAAUAAGGAUAUGAUGCAGAGUUCGGUCUCAUUGAAAAGAGAAGAACGGUUGCUGCAGAACAAACAGGAGGCGAGACGGACGAGAACAGAUGUGGUAAGCGGCUGCAGAGCCAAGACAUCCAAAAGUAACGACCAGAGUGAAGCGUGGAAGACGCCUCUUUUAAUGAGAAAUUUCAGAUACUCUGAGAGAUUUAAAAAGGAUGACAGCGAUCAUCCGACAUUAAGAAGAGAAAAAACUUUUGAUAAUUCUCUAAUCGAACAGGAUAGAGAUAACGAUGGACCGAAUAAAGUGUUUGAUAAAGGUAUAAAGUCUGCAGGAGAUCAAAAGAACGGCAAAGUUAGUGCACUGGCCGAUAGAAACCAGCCACUGAGAAAAUCUCUUCCUUCAUUAUUACCAAGAAAUGAAGAAAAAGAUGAAUUUCAAACGGAACUCAAAAAGGCUACAAAUAGAAUAAGAAACGAAUUAGGAAAUAAAGUUAAUUUAAGUGAAAGCAAAACUAGUCAGCUAAAUAAAUUCAGUAUAGAAAAACCGAACCCAACGAAAACCGCAGUUCAGGCUAAAGUCAAAGAAUCUAGUCUUAAGAGAGGCGUCGCCAGCACAAAGCCGGAUGCACAAAUCACGAACAACCGAAGGCCCUUAACAAAGACACAGGAUGUUAAUUCUAAAUCGAUCCCACAGAGCAAAAUUACUAAAAGUAAUGAAAUCAACAAAUUUAAGCUAAACACAAAAGAAAACAACAAACCGAUGCCCGACAGAGGACAAGCUUCAGGGAAAGAGUCGACGCCGGAACAUUCACCCAAUAGGAAACGAGAAUUCACAAUGAACAACAAAUCUCAGCAAAAACAAAAAUCGGCGCCAUCUAAGCAGUUUUACUUUGGCAUGAUUGAAAGCGAGCAGUCAAAGCCGCAGGAUCACACGAAGGACUUCCCGGGACUGGGCUGCCCUAUCAUCGAGGAGUUCGACAACUUCCACCUCAUAGAGCAGAAGCUGCUCAGCUAUCGGGAGGAAGAUGAUUUCGAGAAGUUCAACAAAGAAUUUAGAGAAGACUGCAAAUUGAGAAUUGUGUCAUCAGAGUCGGCGGUAUCCUCUGAGGGCUCGUCGCUCGAGCGGUCCCCGGCUGCGAGGAGACGCGCGGCGGCGACACGGCGCACCAGCCCGCCCCCCGCCCGCCGCGCCUCCCCCAACACCGCCUGGCGACACCUCGUCAGCGUCAUGGACAGUUACAUCAAGUCCGAUACAGAACCGUUGGCGGUGGAGACGAAGAUGUCGGCCGACAUAUCCGCGGAGUCGUCGCCGCGCUCCGACCCGUCGGCCGACAAGUCGGGCGAUUCAGGCAUCUCCGGCGACCACGCGCACAGCGACCACAGGCUCGACUCCCCGACCAGGCAACACCUGCCAGAGCCGGUGGGCGCCAACUGGACGCCGCAACAGGACCUGGGAGAUAGCAGCUCGGAGGGCGCGGGCGCAGCGGGAGGCCGAGUGCUGGGAGAUCUUCCUGCAGCAGGCUUACCCACUUACAGCCCGGGGGCGCAGCCCUUCAGCCUCUCCCUGCCGCGGGAGCUGCACGACAAGUGUAAAGGCGCGUCGUGCCUGUACGACUGCUUCCAGGGUAAACAGCUGCAGCAGGGCUUCCACAGUCUGCAGAAGUUCCGCAAGUCCGUGUCGGGCGCGCUGGGCGCAGCGCUCGGCGGACGCAGGUUCGACCUCGAGCACGAGCCCAUGCUGGAGGAGCCAGAGCAGAACUGGUUCCUCACCAAGUCCGCCCCCAACUCCCUCAGCAACCCGCUACUCUUCCAGCCGCAUGAUUACGAUGACGUAAAAGAAGACGAUAGUAAAGAAAAGGAGGUCCAAAGCGGGUCAUGGCGCGCGGGCACCUCGUACAUGUCGUGGGGCGGACACGUCAUGUAUCUGCCUCCCCCACCCGCCGGCUCCCCCGCUGCGCCCGCACAACCACUCUCCCUAUUGGGGCCUCUAGAUAGACCCAUCAGGAGCAAGUCUAGCGGAUGUCUGGAAGCGUCAGCACGCGCCGCGCGAUCCGCCCGCGCCGCGCUGGCUGGCGAGAUGCGAGAGAGAGAGCGUUCCGCCUCGCCCGAGCUGGCCCGCGCAGUGCCCGCCACCGUCAGACCCGUAUCCGACCGCAAUCAAAGCGGCGUGAACGCGGGCAGCAGGAGCGGCAGCGGCGGCGGCAAGCGAUUCGCGUUCCAGUCAACAGUGCGGCGACGCGAGCGGCGGCGGCUGGCGGAGCGGCUGGCACGGGACGCAGAGCUGCGCGAGCAGCAGCGCAGGACAGAACUGGAGGCCAUGAGAAGAGUGGAGGAGGAGUUCCAGAGGAAGAGGGCGCGGGAGAAGGCUAGCAUAAGGCAACAGCUGCGCCUGGUGAGCAGCGGCGCCGCAAGCCUGCCCACGCCCACUCACAAUAAGGGUAGGGACGAGCCGGAGGGAUGCAGUCGGGGCGAAGGUGCGGGCGGCGAGAGGACGCGGGAUGCGGCGCGCGCACGACACAGCAACCCCGCCUCCGACACCGGCAGCCGCAGCAAGAGCUCUACGCCGAUCCGCUGCGUGGAGUUGUCGGAGUGGCGCACAGGGCCGACGGCGCGCGUGUACCGCGACUGGGCAGCCGCGCCCGUGCUGGCCCACACACACGCGCACGCGCAUCCUCCCGCAUGCGCCACCAUCACGCACGCCCACGGUGGUGAUACCGUGUAGUGCCUUUAUAACAACUAACUGCAUACCACAGGUGACAGAGAAAGCGGUGGGGAGACAGAGGAUUCCCCCCUCACCAGCAAGCUGACCUCGGGGCCGGCGCGCGCUUCAAUCGCCAUUCGCUGAUGGAUCGCCGACAAGGCAACAUCGCACGUACUUUUAUUGCAUUAUAAAAAAAUACUAAAUUUCCACAGAUAACACAAAAGUAAAUUAUAAAUAUUUCAAUGACCUAACUUAACUGCACUGUUCAUUACUUUGUAUAAUUGUAAAAUAAUUAUCAUGUUUUUUAAAAAACUGUAUCGGGUACUGUAAAAUAUGUUUACUGAAUUGAAUACAGAUUUCAGUCAGAGUAUUGUAAAACGAUAAAAAAUUUAAACCAGACUUUAGCUUGUCAUCUUAUUAAAAUAUUCAAUAAACUUAUAUUAAAUGAAACUAAGAAACAAAUAUUAAUAAGUUUUCUAUCUUUAUCAGUAUAUAAGUAAGUUUUUUUUAAUUAUGAAAAUUAAAUAUAUCCUUAGUUAAUAGGAAUUGCAUUAGACAUCGUAUUCCACUCGUAAGCGAACACUGGAGCUUUAAUAUAGUCUAUAACUGUAUCUAUACUAACUUAUAUAUGCUUAAAAAGGUGCUAAGUUUUAGAUUUUAGAACUUAAGUUUUACUUUUAUUAAAGAAGUGUUAUUACAACUGGCUAUAUUAUUUUAAAUUCAGAAUUAUGUUUCACAGACCUUUAUGAAUGGACUGGUUAUUAGAUGUAUUAUUUUGUGCAUAUUUGAUUUUCGCCAUUGUGGCGCUGAUGGACGCGGUUUAUAAGUGUCGUGUGAAUUCUGCUGGUACUGCCAAGUAACAUCAACGGGCGUGAUUAAAUCGAAACGAAGAAAAAUGUAUCAUUACGAAGCAAUCGCCUAUCCAUUUAUAAAGAUUAACUUACUAGAGAAUAUUAGUUUUUUGAAGCCUGAAUAUACGUAAUAAGGUGGAUUUGUUUUCAUAACAUACUUUACCUACCAUGCAUUACGAAGAAUAUAUUCAAAACUGUUCGUUUUUAUUUAUAAAAAAAUAUUAAUAAUACAAUGCAAAUAAUGUCUGCAUUUGAUUUACAAUUGUGAUAUAAAAAACAAACAAAUUCAA